GGGAGACGAGAGUACAACACACAAAGCCAAACCGAAUCGCGCGUACGUCAGCGGAAAUAGUUUAUAUGCAAACGACAAACAAACAACAAGCGGCAAACGGAUUUGGGAAGCGUAACUGCGUCUUGGCCGAAGCUCGCGCUCGAACAAUGGUUGUUGCUGUUGCUGCCGUCGACGUCUUUGAAAAGAGCAGCAGCGGCAGCAGCGUUGAAUCUGCGGAAUUAACGGCACGCAGCUCUAGCUGUACACAAGCAUCGGCCUCCAAUAACAAUAGUACUGAUAAGAGCGCCCCAACGACUCCCCAGGAGGCAGAGGCCAACAACAACACACCUGUCACCUCUAAAACGAGCGACAAUAUGACCGAUGCUGGCAAGGGGAAUAGCAGCAAUUCUAUCGGCGAUUCUAGCAAAGCGGUAGUGCCGGCCGCUCCCGAAUUGCAGACAGCUCCCACAAAAAGCGCCGUUAGCCAGCGCAAUGUGGACAUCAAGAUCGAGAAGACAGCUAACAUGGAGCCCGCCGCCCAGCAGCUGACCAAGAAGGUGUUACAGUUAGAUCUGGGUGGCAAGAGCCUGGACGAGUACUCACUUAAGUCGCCCAAGUCGCCCAUAGCUGCACGCGUUCAACAUCAAACAUCAUUGACGUCAUCGGUGGACGUGGAGGAUCGGAAAACGCUACGAGACGCUUUAUAUCAGGGUAUUUUCCACCGACAUCGCCGCACCAUCUUCGCCGUGGGAAGCUUCCUGCGCAUGUUGCGCAGCCGCAACUCCCAGUACAAUACGAUUCGCAGCUCUUCAGAGGGCGAGGACAUCGACGAGUUUCUCAAGAGGCGCAGCUCGAAGUUGCUCAGGCUUCCGCAUAUAUUCGAUCGAUGAGGGGCUUGCCUGCGUGUCGGAAAUACUAGGUAUACUUGGUAUAUACACAUGUACAUAUUAGAUAGACAUAAUCUUUUGAUAUUGUUAUUAUCACUCGAGUAAUAAAUUCGAGUUCCGACUCUGUCAAAGAGGCUUAGCCCAUUUCGGGCCAAAGGUUGAAUGCGCCCAAAUUUGGCAGCGUUAGAUUCCAUGGUUGGAAGAAUGGUGUUGGUGAAAACGACACUGGCAUUGGCCAGAUGCUGCCGCUGCCAAGUGACGUCCGAAGCUCCUGGUGAGGGAAGAGAGAUUGUUAAUGCU